GCUCUAGGCUUCCAUCUUUGUGCGGGCGAGGGGCGGUUGCUAGGCUGCGCGUAGGGCCUAGUAGGCCGCAGCGGCGGCGGCGGCGGCGGCGUGGCCGUCCGGGCAGUCGCGUCGAGUCGGGCGUUGGGGCGCCAUGGCGGCUUCGCCUCCCUUGGAGUCGCGCAGCGCGGACGGGCCGGGCAGCUGCGUGCUGUGCUGCGGCGAGCUGGAGGUGGUGGCCUUGGGCCGCUGCGAGCACCCCAUCUGCUACCGGUGCUCCGUGCGGAUGCGAGCGCUCUGCGGGGUCCGCUACUGCGCCGUCUGCCGGGAGGAGCUGGCCCAGGUGGUUUUUGGGAAGAAGCUGCCACCCUUUUCAACAAUAAUACUUAGCCAAUUACAACAUGAGAAGAAAUAUGACAUCUAUUUUACUGAUGGAAAGGUUUAUGCUCUCUAUAGGAAACUCUUGCAGCAUGAAUGCCCACUGUGCUUGGAAUCCCGGGCAUUUCCUACCAUUGUAGACUUGGAGCAGCACAUGAGGAAGCAGCAUGAGCUCUUUUGCUGCAAGCUCUGUGUGAAGCAUCUGAAGAUCUUUACAUAUGAGCGCAAAUGGUAUUCGCGCAAGGAUCUUGCUCGGCACAGAAUCCAUGGGGAUCCUGAUGACACAUCUCACCGUGGCCAUCCCCUGUGUAAAUUUUGUGACGAGCGAUAUUUGGAUAAUGAUGAGUUACUAAAGCACCUGAGGAGAGACCACUAUUUCUGCCACUUCUGUGAUUCUGAUGGAGCUCAAGAAUAUUACAGCGAUUAUGAGUAUCUCCGUGAGCACUUCCGGGAGAAGCACUUCCUCUGCGAAGAAGGCCGGUGCAGCACUGAGCAAUUCACCCACGCCUUUCGGACCGAAAUUGACUACAAAGCACACAAGACAGCCUGUCACAGCAAAAACCGGGCUGAAGCCAGGCAGAAUCGGCAGAUUGACCUGCAGUUCAACUACGCGCCAAGACAUCAGCGGAGAAGUGAGGGUGUUGUGAGCGGUGAAGACUAUGAGGAAGUCGAUAGGUAUAACAGGCAGGUGAGAGGAGGCAGAUCAGGACCACGAGGUGGGCAACAAAACAGGAGAGGCAGCUGGCGAUACAAGAGAGAAGAAGAAGACCGAGACAUUGCCGCAGCUGUUCGGGCAUCAGUAGCUGCCAAAAGGCAAGAAGAGAAAAAACGAGUGGAGGACAAAGAAGACAAUUCCCGGGCCAAGAAGGAAGAUGCCAAAGAUCCUGACGCUACUAACUCUAAGCGAGGGCUGAAGCCUUCAUCCGAAGCACCAGUUCCUAAAGAAGCGGUUCCUAAGGCUGCCUUAAGCCAAGAUGACUUUCCUGCCAUUGGCUCGCCAGCUGUGAACUCUGUGCAGAGCUCAUCUCAGUUGGCGUCAGUAAAACUUGAUGAAGAGGACUUUCCUAGUCUCUCCAUUUCCUCUGCUCCCCCUGUGGUCUCGGCUGCCAUGCCCUUGUCGUACACAGCUACAGCCCAAAAGACAGCAUUUCAAGAGGAGGACUUCCCCGCCUUGGUCUCCAAAGUCCGGCCGGGCAGUAAGAUGGUGUCGACCCUCGCCUCGGCCUGGAGUGGUGGCUCCAGUAAGAACAUGGCCAGAGCCAUCACAGCCACUGCCAGUAGUGCCAGCCAGCCAACCAGAAAAGGUGCCUCUGCUGGCAGCAGUAAAGCAAGCAAAAAGAGCAAGGUGAUGCUUUCUAAUGACACGCAGGACAGCGGUGGCAGCAUAACCACUCAGGAGAUCCGUAGUGUGCCAACAAUGGUGGACGUGUCCUCGUUGCUGGCAGCCUCCAACUCUCAGACUUUUGUCAAAGUGGGUAAGAAGAAGAAAGUUGGGACUGAGAAGCUGAGAACAGCCUCGCCACCCACGUUGCAGGAGAUGCCAGCCUCCCUCCCCUCUGCAGAGAAGGCAGCAGACGCUGAGCACCCCUCGACUGUCGCUGCCAGUCCUAACCUUCCCAGUGCAUCUGCCGCUCUGGUGAAUGGUCACUCAGAAAAGUCCAUGCUGCUGUGCAAUGCUUCCAAAGAGCCCCCUGGCCUUAAGAAACCACCGGUGGGUGGCCAGUGCCUGUUGCCUCAGGAAGACUUUCCAGCCCUUGGGAACGCCGGGCCACCUCGGAUGCCUCCACCUCCGGGUUUCAAUUCUGUGGUGCUGCUUAGUAGCCCCCCACCCCCUCCUGGGCUAUCGAUGCCUCCUAGUAAACCACCCCCUGGCUUCACUCCUAUUCCAGCCACCAGUAUCUCAGAAAAUGCCCCGGCUCCAGUGAAAGAGCCCAAACUCUGUCAGGGACCCUAUUUGAUCCUGGAAAACUUCCAGCAACGGAACAUCCAGCUAAUUCAGUCAAUCAAAGAAUUUCUUCAAGAAGAUGAAUCUCAGUUCAACAAAUUUAAGACAUACUCGGGGCAGUUCAGGCAGGGUCUGAUUUCAGCAGCACAGUAUUACAAAAGCUGCCAGGAGCUCUUGGGUGAGAACUUCAAGAAGAUCUUCAAUGAGCUCUUGGUCCUCCUGCCAGACACAGCCAAGCAGCAGGAACUGCUUUCUGCUUACAAUGACUUGAAGGUCAAAGCUCCAGCUGGCUCUUCCCCCUCCUCCUUGAGCCGAUCCAAGAAGAACCGGAAGAUGGUUUGGCAGACAGAGCCAGCUUCUGACCUUGACUGCUGCGUCUGCCCCACCUGCCAACAGGUGCUGACCCAGCAGGACCUUGUGUCUCACCAAGCCCUGCACCUGGAGGAGGACGAGUUCCCUUCCUUGCAGGCUAUUAGCCGGAUCAUCAGCUAGCUGUUCCAGGUGACCAAUAAAGUUAGUCUCCCUCUGAAAAUUUGCUCUUCUCAGGAAGGUUCUCUACCGAGGGGAGAGUAGCCAGCUGUGUGCAUGGGCCAAAGGGCCUUGGGAGCCUGAGGAAAAAAGGCAUGGGUGGGUUAAACGGUGAAGGAUGAAGGAAGCCGUAGCUGUUUAAAUACCUGGGGGUAUGUCCUUCUGCCCUUCAGAAUAGGAUGGAGCAGCAGGGUUACAGCCACUUAGUUCACUGCUGCAAGUAAGAAUUUAACUACUCGCUGGCCACAGCAUGGAUGCUGGGCAGAAGGUGGCUGCUUUCUGAAAAGGGGGAGGUUGGGGCUUGGCUGCAGAGAAAUGAUGGAGAGUGGCUCACAGGGACUAUACAAAAGGAUGCCAGAAGAUGGGAGAGAGUUGAGAAUAGUUUGGGCAAAGAAAUGCCGUGUGGUCUUUCUCUGUCUUUCUUUCUCCCAUUCUUAGCCCCAUUUUUUUGUGGAAAGGAGUUUGCUGUUUCCCCUAGCAGGGAAGGGUCCUCAUGAAGAAGAGUUGCCCAAGAACUCAGGAGGGCUCUUAAGGUGUCCUCUUUUUCUCAAGUUUGUUUCUCAAAGGAACCUAUGCUUUUUCAUUCUGUUCUGUUAGAAUUGCAUGCAGGGAAAAUAUAACAUUCAGUGCUUUCUUUACUUCUCACUAUAAGUGUGCAUUUCUAUCCAGUGCUGUGAGUUCAGUUAUUUCCAUUGUCUUGAGUGGUUGUGGCUCAUUACAUGCUGCUCAGCAGUGACCACCUCCCAUUGCUCCCUAAUGCCUCAGUGCCAUCCUGGCCUGGUCCUUGAACAGAAAAAGGAGCCACCGGCUGCUUGCCUGCAUCUCUGCCACAAUGAUUUGGGAUGCCCAGGGUUGUUGCCAGCUGAUAUCAGUGAGUUCUGCCCUGUUCCUUCCCAGAUCAGCUCAAGCAGAGUGAGAGUUGAGUUUCUUCAACAGAAGGGCACCUUGAUACUGUAAACUUGAUCAGAGGCACCACUAGCUUUUUAUAGUAACAUUCAAGAGUAGACAUUAUAAAUAUGAUUUAUCAUUUUCUGUACUUUUCUCCUCUCUCUGCCUCUCUCUCUCACACACACGCACACACACAGAGCCAUAGAUGAGUAUUCAACGCCCAGCAUAGGCCCCUUGAAAAAAGAAGUUUCAUUUGUGUAUGUGUAUGUAUGUGGCAUAUAAUUGAAUUGUGCCACUUCCCACUGCCUGUAUUUAAAGUGGAAGAAUCCAGAAACCAUUGAUGUCUUGCAAAGCAUAACUGAGUAAAGCUCAAUCUACGGAUCUGCCACAUUAUUUUUGUGGGCUGGUGUUAAUUGCUGAAGAUUUGAUACUGCAGUCCCUCAAUUUUUAAGAGUAAAAUGUGCUGUUAGUGUUGUUUUUUUAAGUCACUAAUAGCAGAGCACAUCACUGUAUCAAAUUGGCCAUUCAGUGCCAAAACUGUGGGCUCUUUUGAGAUGAACUGGAAUACUUUAUUCAUUCAUGUUUGCAAGGCCCGAAAGAAGACCCCGUAGCUAAGGUCUUAGACAAGGUUUAUUAUAUUAUUAGACAAGAUUUGAGUUACUGCUUCUAGGUCUUAAAAUCUCUGCUUCUCGGCCAACUUUUUUUCUGUUACUUCCGCGUUUUUCAGCGCAAGUACAAUAGAAUUUGGGGCUCUUUUCAACUACAGUGAAUGCAUGCAUUCACAAGUACAGAUCAGUUCAAGGAAGUCCUCUCACACUUAACCUCUUUCAGGAUCUCCUUUGGGCACCAACUGCAAGAGCCACGAGCAUUGGGCCUGCUCCUACUGGUGGGGAUCCCCCUCUUCCUCACUUCAUGAAUGCCCUGCAAUGAGACCUUAUAUGGGCUGCCAAAACCCAGCCGUCCUGGGGAUUCUGUGGGGCUGCUAGAUCCCUUCUGCCCCAAGCCUCCUGUUUCUUUGGGACUCUCCACUGAAAAUAACGGAAGUGGCUCGCCUUACAGAGCUUUGCAGCUGAGCUUUCCAGUGGCAUCAGUGGAAGAAAAAGAAGCAGCUGUUGUUUACAGUGUCUCCCCCAGUUUCUUUGACUGGUGCUCCUUGGUACAUGAGAAGCAAGACAGUUUUGGCCCAUUGGAUCCCAGGCUGAGGAGGGCCAGCAGCUUCAGUUCAGUUGCCUGCGUGGCUGUAAAAAAAAGCAAUCUUGGCAAUGCUGUCAUGGCUGCCUGAGAGGAUGCUGUCAGUAAGCCUGCACCAGCUGUUUGGGUCACCCCGUGGCCUCCCUUCCCCAGGAACAUUUUAACAAGUUUCAGGUGGUUACUUUUAAACUCUUUAUUGGAAAAUAAGUUGUAAUUGCAACACCAACAAUUAAAUUAGCACAAUCACAGACUAA